CACACAGUGGACACACGGGACCGGGAACCGGGAAAACCGGGAACCGAGGGCAGCGGCCGCCCCGCCGGGGAGAAAGAGCUCCGGGAGCGGCGGCGGGGACGGCCGGGCCGAGGCACCAUGCGGGCACCGCUGCUGCUGCUGCUGCUGCUGCUGCUCGGUGACAGCUCUCAGAAUGUUACAACGAGAUCUCCUGCAAACCCAGGAGAAAAUGGGCAGAUCACCACAACUACAAACAGCAUCAAGGUGCAAGGGAAGACCCCUACAGACAAUCCAGGAAAAACACCAUCCACCUCUACGAUGUCACCUGCUACAGUUCAAGGGAUGAAGUCCACAAGCAAGCCGGGAAACUCACCGCCCACCGCUGAGAGACGACACAGCACUGUUCAAACCGCCACCGCUUCAAGCAACCUGGGAAACCCACCAUCCACCCCUGCGACAUUACCUGCCACAGUUCAAGGGGCCACCCUUAUAAACAACUCAGGAGACCCCCUACCCACCCCCACGACAUCGCCUCAGCAGGUCAUCCCUUCAGCCAGCUCCAGACCCUCAACAACCAACCCUCCUGCAACCUUCGGCACUGCCCAGCAGAAGACUAGCCCUCCGGCAAGCUUGGCAGCCACCACUGCUGGAAAUGCAGUCCUCGCUCCUGUGAGCGACUCUGCAGCCACCUCAGGAGGUUUAGGGACUAAUGCCACAUCCCCUUCCACCACGGAAGCUCCGAGAAGUCAGCCUUCAGACCAGUCGACCAGCACGACUGCGAGCAGCGGCAUCCCAAAGAACAACCUUACCCCUGGGCUCAAGGACGAUGGUGUCUCUUCUCCCACAUCUGUCACCAAGCCGCCUCACUCUUCUUCCAGUUCUCCAGUCCAGGGACUGGCCUCUUCCACCAGACCUGGAAGCGUUGAUACUUCUGUUACCCCUUUUGAUGGAGCUGUGUCCCCCGCCAGUAGUAAAGCGUCUCUGCCUUCGUCACCUGGCAGCACGGACAAGGUCUCAGAGGCAGCCACCACGCCAACUCCUGGAGCAGACCAGAAAAGCCAUGACGCCGGAUCUGCGUCAACGAAACCUGCAAGUACUGACCAAAGCCCUGCCAGUGCACAGCCAUCAGCCCCAGCCCCGGGGGACCAGACGGCGAGCAGCAGUCCUCACCACCAGCACCCUAACGCUUCUUUCCAAAACGAGGUCAUCUGUAAAGACGAGGUGCAAAAUAAUUGGCCCACCAUGUAUCUGAAAGAAGCUAAAACCUGUGCUGAGUGGAGGACCGCCAGCAUCAACAUCUCCUUCUUCGAGAGCUUCUGCUCGACGGGCCAGCAUGCUUUCAACGCCAGCAGGGAAACGUGCACGGUGAUGCUGACCUCCCGUGAGCCCCGCUCCCAGCACUGGGCCGUGCGGGCGGUCUUGCACCUCCCUUUGGACCCUGAAAAAGUCCUCGAGGAGCUGCAGGAGAAGGAUAAGUUAGAGGAGCUGGGCAUCGCCAACAUCACCUAUGACAAAAUGGAGAGGGAGAUGAUAAUCAACGAUGAGUUCAGCACACCCCUGAUCAUCACCAUCGUCACCCUGGCUGGCUCCCUGCUGCUGAUCGCGGCCAUCUACGGCUGCUGCCACCAACGCUUUUCCCAAAAGAAGGACCAGCACAUCCACCCUGAUCUCCCCGGGUUUGAUGAUGGACAUGUGGCCCUGAUCUUUAACCAGCGCCUGACCGAGGAGCUGCAGACGAUGGAGAACGGCUACCACGAUAACCCCACGCUGGAGGUGAUGGAGACCUCCUCUGAAAUGCAGGAAAAGAAAGUGAACCUCAACGGCGAGCUGGGGGACAGCUGGAUCGUUCCUCUCGACACCCUCAUGAAGGACGACCUGGAGGAAGAGGAGGACACGCAUUUAUAGGAUACAGAACUCAAUCAAGCAAAAAACAACGACCACCACCCCCCAAAAAAAACCCCCCAUAAUCCCUACACCCACACAACUCCAAAACAAGGCAAAAUUCCCAACAAAACCCAGAAAAUCCCUUAAUGAACUAAUCACGGCCCCUUGUGCCACCACGUGGGGUGCAGGAUGGAAGAGGAAUGGACACAAGAAGACACCUCCAGGGCGCAUCGUCAACACAAGCCACCAUGGUGGCCGAAUCCAGACAAGCAUCCUCCAUCACCCGCAGGUGCUCAGCAGGACCUACCACACCAGCCGUGGGCAAACGGGGUGGCUUUGCUCCCGAAGAGCUGCUGGUGUCUCCUCUGAGCACGUCCCCUCCCGUCCCGCCUCCGACCACGCCAACUGCAUCCUCCAGCUACCGAGCAACUCAAAAAUAAAAAGAAAUAAAUGUAAAUAGGAUGGGAGAGGGACCACAACUCCCAACUGCAAACUGGCACCUGGCAGUUAAAGCUAGAAAAAUCCUCUGGCCCACGCGGUUUAGUCAUCACUCUGCCCUCCCCGACAUGAAACGCCCAGGUAUUGAGCAGAAAAAGCUGGAACAGCCUGUUCCUUUUUAAUCCAGUUUCCAUCCUCUCCCCAUAAACUGCUGGCUGAAGCGCACAAGAGCCCUGCAUUGUGCCAUAGGCAAACGAACACAUCCAGACCCAGCUGGAUGGGAGGGAUGCAGCAGUGCGAAGCGAUGCUCAGUCCCGCACCACCCGCAGCUGCGCCACAAAGGGCUGCAGGACAGAUCCUGCACCCGGCUGGAGAUCAUGAGAGGCACAGCAGCUUCUUGUAUUGAUGCAAAAGGGAGGGAGAGGAAAAGGGAAUUGCUAUUCCUUGAGUUCAUCCCUCCUAGGAGGAGUGUAAUAAGACUGAGAGCAAUGCCUGGUCGCUAGCCCAGGCACGAGGUUGGGGCUUUCGUGGUGCAGGAGCCCAGCUCCAGCGCAGACCAGCGCUGUCGCUGCAUUUCCCUACAGAAGCGUUGAUUGCCUUCCAGUAAUUAUGCAGCAGCAUCUCACGGCCCACAUCCAUCCUCUCCUGAGACCGUGGGUUACGUGCACCGUGAUGGUUUGUGAUUUUUGUGGUCACGUUUUCCUGCGUGAGCAGCAGAAGUGAUAAAAGAGCAACAGAAGCACGAGCCAGGUAGCUUGGUGGUAUUCGGGGUUUUCCCAUCGGUACAGCCCUUGGUGUUUCCUCUGCACGAGGUUUAUAAGCUCAGUCCACAUUCAAGCUCUUCUUCAAAAGCCAGUAAAGUAACAGCAAAAAAACCUUUCAGCACAGCAGCAAAGCUGGGACUGACCUUUGUCCUGCAGCCCUUGGUCUCUUGUCCAGGUCUCCCUUUGCCGUAAGUCUUUAGAGGGGAAAAGAAAAAUAUGCAGGAGCAGAAAGCGGCUGGACUGAGGCCAUCUCUGGUUUUCCACUCCGAUCACAGCUCCCAAAUGGCUCUAAAAGGAUGGGGAGAGUUUCACACCUUUGCUCUGGCUUCGGUGAAGCAGUUCAGCCCCGGCAGAGGCAGGGAUCAGAGUGGGGCUCCAUCCUCCACCACACGGGAAAGAGAGGAGAGGACCAGAACGACACUUGGGCAAGUGCAUCUCCCAAACACGUGAGGACGGAGGCGGUCCCAAGCCCUCUGCAAGCCAGAGGAGCUGCAGAUGGAAGAGCAAUGCCUAAGCACGGCCCUUCUCCCCUGCUUGCCAUAAACCGUGCAUUCACCAACGCACGAUGGGGUGAUUUCCUUCGGGCUCCGCCACCAAGUCAACACGAUGGGGAUCCGCUCCCAUGGCUGCCCUGAACAAGGGGAAAAGCGGAGCCAAGCAAUGGAAAGCUUGGAGAAACCCAGGUCGAGUCAGUCCUUGGAAGUACUUACAAAGGAGAGGGUUGGGGUGGUCUGCUCGGCCCCAGGACAGAAGCUGGCAGAAGAUACGUCUCCUCAAAGGAAUUGGAUCUUCUCCCUUCUCUCCUGCACCAAAGGGCAGACUUUCAAGUGUUCAAACUUAUAUAUUUUUGUAUGUAAAUAUGCCUGCUAUUCAUUAGCAACAUAUUCAGCACACUUCACUUACCUGUGCACUGCACUAUGGGGAAAUAAUUUUGGAGGGAAUUAAGAAAAAAAAAAAAAAAAAAAAGUAAAAUCUAAAGGCCAAUCUGGUAAGGGAUCAAAAUUCGACACGAAGCAGGAAAACACCUCCCGCCCAGAUAACCCCACACCAUGGCUUUGUCCCCGCACCAGCAGCAUCAAGUUCAGCUCUUUAACAUUGCAGCAAGGCUCAAAGACCCGGUCUUGGCAUUUGCAAUUGCUUUCGUGAGCACAUUUGCUUCCCAGUUGCCCCGAGAGAUGAGCGGCUGGUCGGUGACCUCGCGUUUCUGUCCUUUGCAGAAAAUAAGUGCGGCAAAAACAUGGGGCAGCAGCAAGGCUUUGGCCACAGGGGCUGGUGUUGCCGUAAGGAUGCCCCUGGCAGAACAUCUCCAGGCAGUCUGGUUUUGGCAUGUGCCUAAAGAUCCCCCUUCCCAGCAAAGAGAUGCCAAAGUGCUUUAAUGAAUCAGGUCCAAAGACUUUCCAAGAGAAUCCUACAAAAGCUUGAGAUAAGCAACCUUAAAUCUUUCCAAGCAGAGACCAGUGAAGAUAUUAACUGCUCAGCAAGUGCUUAUAGUGAUUUAUAUUUGAAUAGGAAUUGUACAUUUAUUUAUUUUUCCAGACACCAUAUUUUUAAACCACUAAUAUUUUAUAGUAGAUUUUCCUUCCCCUAUUUAAAGAACUAUUUCCACGGAAAAAACAGUACGUUUUUUAUGUUGAGAACAUUCUUUUUGGAAAAAAAAAAAAAAUCAGGUAGGAAAUGCAGUGAUGAGCAUCUUUGGCCUUAAUCCUUCCCUUUGUAGACUGUAGCCAUAACUCUUAGACCAAAAAUAACAAAACAAACAAAAAAAAUCUACCCAGGCAUUCAUUUCCUCCCUCCCUGCCCCUCUUCCCUUCCCCACGCUCCUCUUCUCUCCCCCAAAACAGCUUUAACAUCCGACACGUUGUACAAAGAGAUUACUGCUCUUACCUUUUGGUGAGAGUUUUACAAGCAGCUCAGAUGGCCUUGCAAGAGACUUUUCUAUUUUCAGAUUCACAAGGAAUGUGUAAAUAUUUUAGGACCACUUAUCUCCUGCUCACAGUGCCAUGACCCAACUGAUGAGGUUGAUACUGUUACUGUUGCCUACAGAAGACAUACAGAAGAACACAUAAUCCAUGAAGAACUUGCAGAAGGAGAACCUAUUUCCCAAGGCGGCUACCCAUUGAAUCUUGCACAUAUACUAGAGCUCUUACGUACUGUAUAGCAGCAUCUCUCACGGGGACAGGAGUCUGAUUUACACUGGAAUUUACUGAGGAACUGGAUUGUAGAGAUUAUUCUUGCAUUUUCCUACAAAUAUAUUUUGAAAGCAUCAUGUAUUUCUGUCAAUAAACAUUCUUAUGUAAAAGA